GGUUACUUCGGUUUGCAUUUGAUUUUUCAAUCGCAUUUAUUAAUUUGAGAAAUAUAUGCUAAAAGGAGAUAGUAAUUGUAAAAAUUACUUUCUACAACAAGGAAUAAUGCCUGUCUGUAUAACUAUGUAAUUUAUAAUUUAAACAGAUACAAAAUAUCAUGGAUAAUUUCGGGGUUGAUGAGGCAUUAGCCUCAUUAGAGAUGUUGAUGUGUGAGUUUUUUGCACCAUCUACAAAUAAUUUUCGGAAAAGAGAAAUAGAGAGCAUGCUUGAAAAUUUUUCCAAUGGAAGGGGUUCUUGGAAACAUUGCUUGUUAUUUCUCCAGAAGUCUCAGAACCAAUAUGUACAAAUGUUUAUUUUAACUACUUUGGAGAAUAUUAUAAACAAACUAUGGAUUAGUCUGUCCGAAAAUGAAAGAACAGAAAUUAGAUUAACACUAUGGAAUGAACUUAUGGCUAAGCAUGAAGUGAUGCUGUACUUCAUCAGGAACAAACUAGCUUCUUUGAUGAUUGCAAUUGCUCGAUAUGAUUGGCCCCAUGAAUAUCCUGACUUUUUUACCAAUAUUGUUGAGCUGUUAAGAAGUGAUGGUCACCGUUGUCUGCUGGGUCUAAUCCUGGCUCAGACUGCGAGUGAAGAGCUGGGCGCGGCACGUGACACGGGUGUGCUGUUGCCCUCUACCCGCCGUACACAAUUAGAGCGACUAAUGCUAAAAGGAAUGCCACAAAUGCUGUCAGCUCUUAGCGAUAUACUGGAAAAGAACGCGCAAAAGGAAGGCCAGUCAAAUCCUCCACCAUCACCCACAAGUGGUUUUCCACAAACAUCUGCGUUGCCCGAUUUAUUGGCUAAUGCACAUGAUGUAUGUGCUUCUGACAAAGCUCUAAAUAUGGAAAUAGUUGUGAAAUGUUUAACAACAUUACAACAUUUAUUCUCAUGGCUGCCGCUGUCUUCGCAUGUGCCAGCAUCUCUGGUUACAACAGUGUUUUACUGGGGCAGUAUCGCAACACAGACACAAAGUGGAGAGGCAGCGCUGGCUGGUCUGGGUGGGGUGUGCGAGCUGUUGUACCGACGAUACGCGCCGCCCUCCUCUGCGGCAACCGCGCUGCGUCUGCACCAUUGCUCGCUGCGCCUACUGCGACAUCUCACACACGCCUCCCAUCACUCACUCUACCAAGCACAUCAUGACUAUUUAAACAAAUUAGCAGAAUUCCUGAAGCUGUUUGUCUCUUUGCACUUUAAGAGGCUGGAGGCUGAGCCCGAGUUUGAUGCUAUUGAAUUUUUAUCUUACUUAUUCCAGUAUACAUUCCAGGUUCCCACAUGUACUAUUUUUGUUAACUGCUUAGAUAUAUGGAUACAAUUUAUUGACAUUCUAAAACCUGAGGACACUGCCAAAUAUUGGGAAGCUUUGCAGGCGCUUGUGAACGGUGUCCUCAACAAAAUACAAUUCCAGCACAACAAGGCGCAACUACAACAUCUCGAUAAUGACAUCUGCGAUGAUGAUGGUGAGACAGAAUGGCAAACAUUCCUAAAGCACUGCAUCGAGUGCAUCGCUAGAGUCGCAGAUUUAGCACCCUUAGAGGUCUUCACCUCCGUAUUGGAGCGGUGGCAGUGCCUGGCGGGUGUGUACGCGCGGGCAGCUGGGCGGGGCGGUGUGGGGGGUGCGGGGUGCGCGCCGGGAGCUGCGGCGGCGGGUGCGGAGCCCGAGCGCCUACUGGCCGCUCUGCUAGACCUCGCCACGCUCACACGACUACUGGGUCGACUAGCUCCCGCGUUACUCGCUGAGGCGGAGGGCGGGCGUGGCGCGACUGCGGGCGCGGCGCUGCUGGAGCGUGCGGCGGCCGCGCUGGCCGGCGCCGCACUGACGCGUCCUCACCGCGCGCAUUCGCACACGCACGCGCAUGCGCACGCAUUCGUACAAGUUCAUGCAGAAAUGUUUGCGUGUAUGGGUGCGUGGUGUUGCUAUGCCACGGAGUGCAAUGUUCCGAUACAAACAAUGGAAGGUCUUUUCAACUCCGCAGUGCCGUUUUUAAUACCACAUGAAAUGGCUGAGCCUCCCCUGCUUUGUCACGCUGCCGCACAUCUGUUGCUGAGUCUCUCUAAGAAUGUAAAGUUCUCCAAUGAUCCCAUACUUCUGGUGGGCGACUUAUAUAACCACGCGCAACGCUCACUACAUUAUUUGGAACCGAAGACAGCGGGCGUGGUGCGGGAGGCGCUGCUGUCGCUGUCUCUGUCGCGGGGCGCGGGCGCGUGUGCGGGGGGUGUGGGCGCGGGGGCGGGUGCGGGGGGAGAGGCUGCGCGUGCGCUGCUGGCCGCGUGGGCGGGGGCGUUGCCGCACGCCGGCCCCGCCGCCGCACUGCCCCCCCUCACAGACCUCCUACACGCCUUCGCUGCCGCGCCCACACAACCCAAGAAGAUCCUAGCGGAAGGUAUCCAGGGCGCGGCGGAGACUGCGCUGCGUAUGCUGUGCGAGCCGGCUUAUGCGGCCGCCGAGACCGAGAUCACGGACUUCUUCCUCGCGCUCUUCACCGCCCUGCUGCAGCAGCUCGGCAACUUCGCCUACACCGCCAUCGAUGUCUUCCUAGAAGUUGCACAAAAGGGAGAGAGCGAGGCCAGCCUGGAGCGUCUCGUAGAGUGCGUACGUCUGGGUGUGGAGGCAGGUGGGGGUGGAGUGCGCGUGCGCGCCGUGCUCGAGCUGCUGCACCACCACGUGCUGCCGCGCGCGCAGCCACACGCACCAGGACUCGCGCGUGCAGCCCACCGUCUACUCGCCAGCGUGUUGCUGUACAGAUGGCGUUACUUCUUCCCGCAUAAGUGUGAAGAGGAAGAGGGUGCGCGGCGCACGAGUGAGCUGCGCGGCGCGCUGGCGGCGCUCGGCCGCGCACUGCUCUCUGACGACAUAGAUCUACUGCGCACCGCACUCACCGCACUAGACCUCCUCAAUACUAAAUGGAAACUAUAUCACAAGGUGAUAUUCCGGUCGGAGUUCCUGGGCGAGUUCUUGUCGGUGUUGUUACCGGGCGUGGGCGCGGGAUGCGGCGCGCGGGCCCUGGUGCGGGAGGAGGCGGUGUCGGCGGCGCACGCCAUGGCUUGUGUCGACUUUGCCGCCUUCCGGCACGCCUUUCUGCCCGCCUUCCUGCGCUCGCUGCCCGGACUUGCGCCCCAUCAUGCCGCCCUACUCAACAACUUCCCCUCAGAUACUGACCUGCCAUCCUUCACACAGAACAUACAACGACUGAUGAACGACGUGAACUGCUAUCAGGCAUACCAGUCGCUAGCAGAAAACAACAACAUGCUCGCUUGAACACAGAUAGAAUCAUUUAAAAAAAAUCAACGACGAUUUUUUUUAAUCAUUUUUCAAGGUUAAUUUUUUUCCUUCAAGUUGUUUAGCAACUAGUUGGUUUUUUAACUGUAAAAUAGUGAAGACCCAAAGUGUGGUGGUGAAAAUAUUAUGACAACUCAUGCGUAAACUAUAGUUUGAAUUAAAUUAGUUAAAUGAAAAAGUGUUAACAGUUGAUAUGUUGAAGGAGGUCAACGAUUGAUUCAACUGGUUCGUUAAAUCAACACCCAUUCCUUGCAUAUAUGGCCACGAGUGUAU